CUAGAGCGGCCCGGGGCGGUGCGCGAGUGGCGCACGGGGAGUGCCGGGAGCGGGGCGGCCGCUGGCGCUCCUCCCUUCCUCGUCCCUUCCUCCCUCCCUCCCUCCCGCCCGAGGCGAGCUCCGGCCUUUGCCGCCGAAGUGGGCGCUGCCGCGUGGGCACGGCCGCCCGUGCCUCUGUGGGCGUCUCUCCUGCUGCUGUUCUUGCUGCUCCGGGGGUCGUCGGUGGGCUCCUGGGACCUGGCGGGUUACCUGCUCUACUGUCCCUGCGUGGGACACUUUGGGAACCAGGCUGAUCACUUCUUGGGCUCCCCGGCAUUCGCAAAGCUGUUGAACCGUACCUUGGCAGUACCUCCAUGGAUUGAAUACCAGCAUCACAAGCCUCCUUUCACCAAUCUCCAUGUGUCCUACCAGAAGUACUUCAAGCUAGAGCCUCUCCAGGCCUACCAUCGGGUUGUCAGUCUGGAGGACUUCAUGGAGAAGUUGGCACCCAUUCACUGGCCCCCUGAGAAGCGGGUGGCAUACUGCUUUGAGGUGGCAGCCCAGCGAAGCCCUGAUAAGAAGACAUGCCCAAUGAAGGAAGGAAAUCCCUUUGGGCCAUUCUGGGACCAGUUUCAUAUGAGUUUCAAUAAGUCAGAGCUGUUCACAGGCAUUUCCUUCAGUGCCUCCUACAAAGAACAAUGGAUCCAGAGGCGUGAGAAUCACUCCUCUUUUGUCUUCCUCUUCACAAGGUGAAAAUUGGAAGCAGUG